CCCUCUCUCUCUUGUCUUACUUCUUUUAGUGCCUCAUUCAAACCUCACAACGUCAGACCUCACAACAGUCAAUCCUCACAACAGCCAAACUCACAACAUCAAACUCAAAACUCUUCAGACCUCACAACGUCAAACCUCCACAUCAACCUCACAACAGUCAAACCUAACAACAGUCGAACCUCGCAACAGCCAAACCUCACGACAAACAGUCAAACCUCACAACAAUCAAAUCUUGCAGCAGUCAAAGCUAACAACAGUCAAACCUCACAUCUAUCAGACCUCACAACAUCUCUCUCUCUCUCUCUCUCUCUCUCCCCUCUCUCUCUCUCUCUCUCUCUUCUCUCUCUCUCUCUCUCUCUCUCCUCUCUCUCUCUCUCUCUCUCU